AUGGCAACACCUGAAUGGAAUACUCUGCAUGGGGUUGUAGAUGACUACAUCAUCGAUCUCCUUUACAUGGAUGCAAUGAUGGAUAUACUAGUUCAGUUUGAACCUGCCAAGUAUUCGAGUGAGACAAGCCUGAGGGACUGCGAUGAGGAGGUCAAACUGGGCAAGAAACAUCCAGGAAGUGAGAAGCCAGUGAAGAAACGAAAGGGAGCCAAGACAAAAGGAGGUGGCCUGCCUUCCACACCACAGGGGUGUAACCAGAGAGAACUGGAUGACAAAGGCGUGGCAGGCAGUUACACAAACCUUUCACUCAGUACGAAUCAAUCAUUGGACAAUGUGGAGGUGGAGGAAGUUUCUGACUGGGACCCAGUUUCCAAAUCAGAGAAACACUACUUCAGCCUUUCGGAAUCGGAUCUGCGAGGCGGGGGGAGUAUUUUGAGUGGGUUUGGUGGUUUGGGUGGGCAGAAGCUCAAAGAGAGAAGUGCCAACUUCCUGGGCUCCUUAACCUCCUUGCCCAGUGCCAUCGCAUCAAGGCUGGCCCGAGCUUCCCAGGAGGAACUGGGACAAUCUGAGGUCAGCGAAAGACCAGGAGGGCAUCCACGUAGUCAGGGUGGAGAGAGCGCCAAGGAGACUAGGCAGUGUCAGAAUCGAGUUUCGGAAACUGAUAGGCUGAAGUCACGCCCUGAAAUCAAUCAGUGUCACAAUAUCCCCGAUAGCCAACAACAAACCAGUCCUGCAAUCGUGACUGCUGCAGAACAGAAACUCCCUGACUGGGCCGAGGAUAUUUUAAAUAGCUUCCUAGACAAAGGGACGGCUGGCAGUCCCAACCCCCCACUGCCUGUGAAACCCCAGCCCCAGGAAUCCACGGUCAACCCUCCUGGUGCUGUUGCCAAGCCAGUCCCUGAGCAGAGUCCGGGGGGUAGCUGUGAAUUGCUGUCGGUGAAGAAACAAGCCCGGGAUAAAACAGCACCCGCCAAACCUGCAAAGACUAAAUACGACAUUAUCAUCACACUGACCAAAGAGGAAGGCUGUGUGGGCAGGAAGGGGGAGCAGGAUGCAGUAGGGUUAGACCAGCAGGAGACAUCUGUCCCAGUGAGAGUGCGACCAAGUCAGGCCAAUAUGACUGAGCGACGCCUAUCGGAUCAGGGUAGACCUGUUGGGCAGGUUCCCUUUGCCCACACUGUGGAAUGUCAGGGGAAUGCGGCGGCUGCUCUGAACACACCUCUCAGAAUCAGUUACUAUUCCGGUCCAGGAUUCAGAGUAGGAGAACUCUCGCAACAUCCAAGCGAACACAUCACAACUUUUCAACCCCGUCUCAGCCCGAGGGAUCCAGGCUACAGCCGCUUCCUCCAGAAACCCUACAACCUUCAGACUGACAGCAAAACAAGUCUUCCGAGGUUGACAAGUUUGCCAAGGACACUCCAGCAAGCACAAGGCUUAGAAAGUGGCCGAGACAAGACCGAAAAAUUGGGAGGUGAGAACAGUGAGUCAACAAGCACCAGGAGCCAACUACGAACUGAAACUACUGACUGCCUCUCCGUACACGCGCCUUCUAAAAUUGUGAGGGGCCCUGAUUCCUCACAGAUUACAAACGGUGCAGCGCAACUCCAGAGAAACGGGGGGUUCCGUGCCACCGAGAGAGCUACUUCAGGACCGUCAGGUAGCUCCUUGCAAAGGAGCACCACAAAUCCGAAGCACACUGAUUCUCAGAAAUCCAGUGCACAGGGAGACGGUGUUGUGACUGGUGGUGAUCUCCCUCUGCCCGGCAAUCCAACAGAAAGCAGCAAUACAGUAAAUACUGACAGCCGAAGCCCCAUGAAUUCAGCAGGGUACGGAGGGAGAAAUGGAAGCGUUUCAGCUCAGCAGCCCAGCAACGAGCCUCCGUUUGGCCAAGGCGAUGUGUUACAGACUGUGGAAUCCUCUGGACGUGCUCUCAACGCACAGAACCCUGAUCACAAUGGUCUGGUUUCGACUACACUGCCCGCUCCCACAAGUGAGGAAAGGGCUCCUGCCACUUUGAAAUCGGAUCAGCUUCCUGAGCGACAGCCAAUUAAACUUACUUCCGCAAGUCCUGAAAUUGGGUCACUUCAAAACUCUGUAAAAUGCACUGCAGACUCUUUCAAGACAGACACCACAGAAAAGCCUGUUCUCCGUUCUACAGGAGCCCUUGUCAAUGAUCCUGUGGAAAACUCCAAACAGGCAGGAAGUUCCAUAGCACUUGAUGGUGAGUCUCUAGCACAGACUCUCAAAUUCACACCCAUGAAGGCCAGACAAGAGGAAAAUGUUGAACAACUCCAAACUUCUAGAAACCACAUUUUAGAAAAUGACCUGUCUCCUAAUAAUGUUUUCAUUCCAAAUCAAACAGAGAAAUGGUCCACCGAUGUCACUGAUGACACUGAUAAUCUAUCAGAAAUAGAUGGGUUUGUAGACACCAUUCGUAACUUGGACUCCCCCAUGCUCUUGAGCCGUAACAAAAGUCCUAGGAAUCAGAGGGCACAUUCCCUCUCCUCUUCUUUUUCCACACUGCCUCCCAUAGAAGAGGAUCAAACCAAUCCAAAGAAUUCCCUACCUCCUUCAUCAGACAGCGAGAAACCACAGCAGCUAAAAGAUGCUCUCGAUGGAAAAAUCUUGCCAAGCCUGCCGCCACAACCUGUUUCACCAGCCCCUCAGAUCAAUUUCUCAACGACUCUGAGAAAGGAAAUUCUCACCCCCAUGGAGAUGAUGAAGACACAGCUGGAGGAUAAACCCAGAACUGGGACCCGGCACACUUCAGCAGACAAUGGCAUUAUCUCCCAAUCAGAUCCCCUCGGAAUGACCAACUUGGAAUGCAAUGCAGAUUUGGAAAACAAAGCACCUUUCGGAGCAGAAAGCAGGUGGUCUCGACUCAGCAGCAGCUUGUUGUACUACAACAUUAAGAAGUCAACAGAGUCUUUCUCUAGCAGAUCAUUGGACCUGAAAUCAUCGAGUGCAAAUCCAAUAAGUCUCUCGACCAGACCUCCAAAUCACUUGCAAAGAAGUUUGUCACAUGAGGGUGUCACCAUGACAACAUUGACCCCUGACCAGCUCCCUAAACUAACAUUCCUAGCUGGUAUGAUUGAUGGUAAUGUGGAGGACACUCGAAGGCCCAGCCUACCAACCAGCAUUUCUGAAAGGCUGAUGCCUGGAUACUCCAGUCUGAUAGACAAUAACAAGAAUCUUCAGUCCCGCAGAAUAACUUCUGAUUUUGGCCAGCACACGAUUACCAACGAAGCUCCAAAAAAAAUCACGGCUUUUCCAGAUGUAUGGAAAAAGACACCAAAGGAUCAAGGAAAGAUUAACAAACGACCCGGCAAGAUAAUCAUUUACGACAAGCCGAACUUCACUGGUUUUCAGAGAGAAAUUAUUUGUGAUGUGCCUGAUUGCUCGUCAUGGUCAUUUCCUGCUGUCAUUUCAGUAAGAGUUAUUCGAGGAUGCUGGGUGUUCUAUGAGAAGCCAGAUUAUAAAGGGAAGAAGUUCAUAUUUGAAGAGCAGGACGUGAAGUUGGCGGAUCCCUGGAGAGAGGAAGUUGAAGAAGAGACUGAAGAUCCUGACUCCAAACCAUCUCCUACCAAACCCAUCGUCAUUGGCUCCCUCAAAAGAGUAGUCAGGGACUACACCAUACCAGAAAUAUCUUUGUUCCCAGAGGCCGAUGGUGAGGGGAAGAAGCUGACGUUCCACUGUGAAUCCGAGGAUAUUCGGAUAUUUGGAUAUCCACCAAGAACAACCUCCAUCGUUGUCAGUUCUGGACUGUGGUUUGUUUACUCUGAGCCUUUCUUUGAAGGCCAGCAAAGUAUUCUGGAAGUGGGUGGCUAUCGAACACUAGAGGAAUGGGAAGCAGAGAAACCACAAGUGGGAUCCCUGAUACCUCUACAAAUGGGUCCGCCCAGGGUGGAGAAGCCUAACGAACCAAUGGUCACCAUUUUUGAGAAGAUGUACUUUGCUGGGAGAAGCAGAGAUGUGUACAAUGACUCCUCAGACUUCCUGUCCAGAUACCCCAACACUGGUGCUGCCCUCUCUAAUGCUGGUUCCAUUAAAGUGCAUGGGGGAAUAUGGGUUGGCUACUCUAAGGAAGGGUUCAGGGGUCAUCAGUAUCUCUUGGAAGAAGGCGAGUUCAUGGACUGGAGGACGUGGAGUGGCUGUGAUGAGGAUUUGAAGUCAAUGCGCCUCAUCCGGGCAGAGUUUUUCAACCCCGUGAUUGCUCUGAACAACAGAAUUGACGAUGAAGAAAGUGAUUCAAUUAUGAUCACUGAGCCCAUCCCAGACCUGGAGCUGGUUAAUGUCAAAAACCACGUACAAUCCAUGCAAGUCAUGAGUGGAGUAUGGGUGGCUUACGAAGGUGUCAAUUAUUCCGGAGCUCAGUACAUUGUCGAGAAAGGAAUUUACCGGAAUCCUCAGGACUGGGGUGCCCAGAAUUGUAAUAUUAGCUCCCUGCACCCUAUCUUACUGGUGGAGCCAAGCAAUCCACAACUCCAAUUGAAGAUAAAGGCCUAUGCAGAGGUGGAAUUCAGUGGACGCUGCAUGAUGCUUGAGGGGAACAAGAUGGAGCUCCCAAAAGAUUUUAAGAUGCAGUCUUGCAGGGUUCUAAGUGGCAGUUGGGCGCUGUAUGAGGGCCAGGAUUACAGUGGGAGAGUCUUUGUGGUUGGUGAGGGAGAUUAUCCAGACCUCCCAUCGAUGGGCAGCAGGGUGACUGCCCACAUCCGAAGUGUGAUGGCCAUACCGCAUGUCUUCUCUGAGCCUUCAAUCACUUUGUACAGUUUGGAGAACUUUGAAGGAAAAGAGAUUGAACUCGACUCUGAAUUGAAGAAUCUGGUCUCCGACGGUUACAAUAAUCUGGUUUUGUCCCUCCGUGUCAAUGGUGGUGUCUGGGUGCUGUAUGAGCACAGCAACUUCCGAGGUCGCCAAGUGCUCCUGGAGCCCAUUGAGAUUUCUAACUGGCCCAAGUACAGCGGCUUCUUGAGGAUUGGAUCCUUAGCACCGGUCUCACAGAAACCUGCAUUUUUCCACAUCAAGAACAAAGAGACAAAUGACCUUCUGUCGGUCACUCUGUGUCAGGAGGAUGUGAAGUCUGGACGGGUCAUUGUCACUGCAGAGAAUAAGGAACUGGAGCAGCUCUGGUUCUAUGAGAAGGGGAUGCUGAAACCCAAAUUUGCUCCAGAACUGAGCCUCCAAACCAUUGGCGCAUUGAGUGAGACUGGCACAAAAGUUGUGCUUUGGUCUGAGAAGCGGGUACCAAGGCAUUGCUGGACAUUUGAAAAGAGUGGAACAAUCCAGAGCCUCUUGUACAAGGGACUUGUACUCGACAUCAAAGGUGGCAAGUCUUACGAUCGGGACAGUGCGAUUAUCUGUAAACACGACGAGGAGAAUCCGCUCCAGCAGUGGGAGAUUCAGAUGCUUUGAAAACAGAAACUGCUAAGGAGCACCCUGACACACACCCACGGAUAAACCACCACCACCACCCCCCCCACCUACCCACCUCCCCGAUCAGCCACGUUCACUGCUCACCGGGAACUGAACAACUCCUCGCUGUGACACCGGGGAUUACCCUCUUACAAACAACUGCCCUCUCAGAGGCAGCUUCCAUACCCACUGGAUGCCAAUGUGUGUGAUGCCCCAUUGCUACCGCAUUGACUCUUGUUCUCCACUUUACGCGUAGAGAGCCUCAGAGAAUGGGGCAGGGGGAGGGCUGAGGAUGUAGGUCAAAGGUGAGAGUGUCAGAAGGGGGCAAUACGUUCACAGCGGAGGCCCCUGAGUGUUUUUCUAUAUAAGCAUGUUAAUUCAUUGAGUGUUUGGGAAUACCGACUCAGAAUUCCAGGGGGAAGGAAUGGGAUAGAGAGGUCUGGAGUUAGAGGGAACUCUUUUUCUUUCACAAAACAACACCUCAUUGCAAUUUAAGUGCAGUCAGGCUGUAGUCAUGUCAGUGCAGUGUCUGAGUUUUGUACAAGAUUGGGAAGGGAAAGGGUUUACAUGGUAAGAAUUUCAGAGGUGGGCUGGUGGGGUUUUUCUCUGGUCAGAUUUCAGAUCCUGAAGGUGUGUGGCGGGAAGUGAACUCAGGUACUACACCGCCCUGUAGCCCAACAUUUUAACUUCCCCUCCCACUCAGCCGAGGACACGGGCCUCCUUCACCACUGCUCCUUCAC